UUUGCCAUUAAAAUAAUAAAAUAUUGUUUCCUUGUUCUGUUUUACAUUAUGGUAUCAGAGCCGCCCUAUUAAGGGACGGCAGUGACCUUGUCCAUGGCUGGUGAAGAAGAGGCGGCAGCGCCUCCACCGAUCAUUGAUUACAAAUCUCUGUAUUACCUGGGACCGCAAGACCGGCCGGGAGAUUCCAUUACCUCGGUGCGGUUGAACGGUGACAACUACGACGAAUGUCGAAUUCAGUCCGUUUGGGCCUUCGUGCAAGACGGAAGUACUGUUAUGUUGACGGCACCCUGCUGAAGCCAAAACCCCCCUGCACAGAAGAUGACUGGAUGACAAAUCAGUCAAUGAUUGUUUCAUGGCUUCUCAAUACCAUCUCUCCCGACUUGAAACAAACUCUUACAAAUUAUGAAAAUGCUUAUCAACUAUGGACCGAUCUUGAGGAGCGGUAUUCCAUUGUUGAUGGCCCCCGAAUUCAUCAAGUCAAAACAGAGUUAGCCCGGUGUGAACAGCCAAAAGGGAUGAGCGUGGGAAAUUAUUACGGAAAACUGAAAACUUUAUGGGAUGAUUUGAAUAAACUUGAACCCAUACCUACCUGUAAAUGCAGUGGCUGUACCUGCAAUUUGAAUGCUCAAUUGGAGAAGAGGAGAGAAUCUGAGCAGUUCCAUCAAUUCCUCAUGGGCCUCUCACCGGAAUUAUUUGCGCCGAUUCGCUCUCAGCUCUUGACCCAGACGCCAUAGCCGUCACUGAACCGAGCCUAUCAACAGGUUUGCCAAGAAGAACGGGUUAGGGGUAUGGGCCAAGCUCGAGAUGACAGGGAGGUGCUGGGAUUCGCGAUUAACACUGAUGGACGGACGAAAUCCGGACAGGGGAAGACAGACAGAUCUGGUGUCGUUUGUGGACAUUGUAAUCUGCCUGGCCAUGAGAUAUCGCGAUGCUUCGAGAUCGUUGGGUAUCCGGAGUGGUGGGGGGACCGACCCAGAUAUGCUUCGAGAGGCGGAGGUCGUGGCCGUGGGUCUGUCACACGCGGUGGCGCUGUUGGUGGACGGGGUCGCGGACAAGCUCGGGCUCACGCAGCUGUAACCGAUGGAGGUUAUCGCUCCUCUGGCCGAUCUGAUUUUAACGAAGAAAAGACAGGGUCGGGUCAAAAUGAAAAAGGAGAAGACAGUCUGAUUCCGGGUUUUACCCAUGAGCAAUGGAAAUCAUUUUUGGCCGCAUUUGGUAAAACUAAUACCCCAAGUGAUCGGGUUUCUGGACCGACGCUCGAGGAGGCUGAUUGGAGCGGGUGAAAGGCGGAAUGGACUUUAUUAUUUUCGGGAUAUUGCUGGGGCCCAAAUUUAUGGAGUGCAAAAAGAAGGACACAUGGAUAUUUGGCAUCGUCGACUAGGACAUCCAUCUGAAACCGUAAUGAAAUGGCUACCUGGUGUGAGUGGCUCUAAACAUAUUGUUAGUCAACCAUGUGAUAUCUGUUUUCGAGCUAAACAUACCAGGGAAUCGUUUCCUAUUAGUAGCAGUAAAUCUACACGUAUCUUUGAGCUUAUACACUGUGAUUU